GCAGAGAGAGAGUGAGGGGGGAGGGCGUGUGAUUGGCGGACGCCCCUCCAACAUGGGGAUCAGUCGAAGUUUCAGCUCCAGCGCUUGGAGUUGACCGCCUUUUGAUGAUUUUUGCUGCGUGGUUACGGAAUAGUUGAAAAUGUCUGUCGUCGUACUUUGGGUGCUCAUUUGUUGUGCAACGGCGCGGGUGAGAGCCAAUUGGAUGUUCCUGGGCACAGUGGCUACUGCGCCAAAUUUGGAGUGCGAAUCGCUGGGCCUCGUCGGCUCUCAGCGACGCCUCUGCGAAGAACGUCCAGGAGCUCUUCAAGCUGUCGCCGAAGGAAAUCGACGGGCACUCGCCGAAUGCCAGAAGCUGUUCAGAUACGACCCUUGGAACUGCUCCCUACAAGGGUUCACGCAAAUGCUCACAAGGGGAAGUCCGGAGACCGCGUUCAUCUACGCCGUCCACAGCGCUGCCGUAGCCCACGCCGUCGCUGUUGCCUGCGCUUCUGGUCACCUCUCAGAAUGCAGCUGCGAACCAGCACGGCGACCAUCGCCGCCGCGGUCUUGGAAGUGGGGCGGGUGCUCCGACAACGUCCGUUUCGGCGUGCAACUUGCUCGACAAUUCGCCGAUGCCCCCGAACGGCGAAAAAGACGGUCCGAUCCUCGCGCGACCGUCAACCUCCACAACCUUCGGGCUGGGCGAAUCGCCCUGUCGGCUCGCGUUCGCAUGCGUUGUCGUUGUCACGGCGUCUCGGGCUCCUGCGAACUGCGCACGUGCUGGCGGCAGGCGCCACCACUGCAUGUGGUAGCGCGUGCGCUGAAGGUGAAGUAUUGGCGGUCGAUUCCGGUUAAAACCAGACCGAACCGGUUGCGGCGGGACGGUUUGGUGCACCUGAGGGCUUCGCCGGACUUCUGCGAACCGAACGCGAGACUCGGGGUGUUGGGAACAAGGGGUAGAAUUUGCACCGCACCCGAGGGGUGCAAGAGGCUCUGUUGCGGGCGCGGAUAUGAAACUAAAGUUGUAAAGAAGCGAGAGAGGUGUCACUGUAAGUUUCAUUGGUGUUGUUACGUCACGUGCAAGUCGUGCGAAACGAGGUUCGAACAGUAUGCAUGUAAAUGAAGCGACUCAAGAAGGCGGGUUUUAAAACAUGAACGAUCUCUUACAUAACGAAGCCUGACACUUUCUCCAUUUCAAUUCACACCACCUUGUCUGCGGUAUCUCAUCUUACUUCAUCAACUGCCGUGUAUAUACGUCAUGAGGCAAUGCUGUGUAUAUACAUUUUGGUACAUCAUAUCACUCGGUGGACGUAUCCUUUAAUCAUUAUCUCGCACCAACUUUAUUGCGCCUCAUCCGUUCGGAGAACACGCAGAGGGUCGAGGAAGGAAGGCGAUGCUCUUCUGCGCGAAAAUCUUCGGGCGUCAGCUGUGAGUGACAGCUCGAUUGGAGCUUGAAAAGCCCGCGGAAGCGUAAAAAUCGCGUUGGAUGAGCAGUUCGCUGUUUUCCGCUACAAAGGACUCCGCUCGUCACUACAGCAGACGACUCUCUUGCAGACGCGCAGAGUUAGCAGACGACAGACUUUUUCAUUCAAAAAUUUUCGCGAAACUAGCUUCCUUUUUUUUGGUAUUAUUUUUUUUACGCAAAUAUCUGGGACGGUUGCGGACGGUCACUUGCUGCGUUGUGAUUGCGUGGUUGGAGUUAUUGGAUUCUAGCGAAGUGAAGGAGGUGAUGUGGGCAUGCGCGUCACACGACAGCGACGAUGUCGUCUGCAAACAUAUAUCCGGUAGUUUGUGCGUUCGUCUCAAAUUUAUUCGCGGUCAGACUUUCGCGGUGUGUGCGUUGAAGUCAACAAGUUCACAAGUUCUAACUCUGUGAAAUUGGCUUGAUUGAGAGAUGCACUUCCAUUGGGAAGACCAGAUCUCAUCCCUUCUGUAAUACAAAGUUAGAAAACACUGCAGAAUGUAUUAUAUUUCAAUAAAUGUAUAUA